UCCAGGAGCAAAGUACUGACUUACAGGAGAUAAACAGUCCUAUCGUGCUACUAUCGAUCCGAUACCAAUAUGAACGUUGGCACUGAUACGAUCGAUGUUUGGAUGACUCUGCCCACCAGGAAUACAAGGCUGAACUACUGCAGCUUACAGUACUACUCAUCAAUUGAACAUCGUCACGCGCAGGGUCUGCAUGGAGGCUUCAUUUGCUUCAGUUAAAACUGAUCUGAUGAACAAUAACACUGCUGCAGCAGUAGAAAGGAUUCAAAGAUAUUUAGAAGAACCAAAUGAUAUUCCACUAAAUAUCGCCAUCACAGGAGAAUCUAAAUCUGGUAAAUCCACCUUUCUUAACGCCUUAAGAGGCAUAAAGAGCAAAGAUGAGGGAGCUGCCCCUACUAGUAUGACACAAACCCCCAUGGAGGUCACACCGUACCCCCAUCCAAACUAUCCCAAUGUUACUUUAUGGGAUCUUCCUGGAAUCGGCACCACCAAGUUUCCAGCUGAUGAGUACCUGGAGCUUGCUGGAUUUGAGAGGUUUGACUUCUUCAUCAUCAUCUCAGACACUCGCUUCAGAGAAAAUGAUGUGAAACUCGCUCAGGAGAUUCAGAAGAUGAAGAAAAAGUUCUACUUUGUUCGCUCAAAGAUCGACAACAACAUACGUGAUGAGGAAAGAAAGAAAGACUUCAGUAAAGAGGAGACUCUUAGAAAAAUCAGAGAUGACUCUGUUCAAGGACUCAGAGAUUUAGGCUUUGAGUCUCCACAGGUCUUCCUGGUGUCCAGCUUUAAACCUCACAUUUAUGAAUUCUCUGAAUUACAUGAGACCUUAGAGAGAGAACUUCCUGCACACAAGAGAGAUGCUCUGCUGCGUGCCAUGCCCAGCUUCAGCCUGAAGAUCAUCAACAAGAUUACAGUUUUUCAGUCCAGAAUAAAAUACUGGGCUACUCUGUCUGCAGCUGUAGCAGCUGUUCCAGUUCCUGGCCUUUCUGCUGCCACUUUUAAUCUCAGCAUGAUGGUUUCAGUUGUCACAGAUUAUGUAACUGGGUUUGGUCUUGAUAAGCAGUCUCUGGAGAAACUUGCUGCCAGCUCAGGUGUGUCAUACGAUGAUCUGUGUGCUGACAUUAAGUCAGAACUGGCUAAAGAAAAAAUAACCAAAGAGUUCUUCAUGAUAAUGUUUAUCUCACUUGCGAGCAAAGCUGCAUUAAUGGCAGCAGAGAAAGUAUCCAGAUGGAUUCCCAUAAUUGUAACUGCAGCAUCAAUGGGCAUCUCUUUUACAACAACCUACUUAACUCUGAGUGAUUUCCUCAGCCAACUUGCUGAUGAUGCUCAGAGGGUGUUUAAAAGAGCUCUGGUUUUGGAAACAUCAGUGUGA